AUGCCGCCUCCACCUGUUACCAGCGAGAAGCUGUGCCGGGCCCAGCAGGAGCUGCACUUCCAGGCCGCCACCUACCUCUGCCUCCUCCGCAGCGUCCGGGAGCACACGGCCCUCCACCGGGAGUACCACGGCAAGGGGGAACGCUCGCCGGAGGAGGUCGCCGGCCUGGUGGGCUUCAGGUUGCCUCAGCAGCCCGGAGGGAAGGGUUAA